AUCACUACCUGAGCCACUCCUUAUACAGCGAUGAGUGGGAUUGAGGAGUUCCAAGGAUCUUUUUGGGACUGGGAUACUACUGUACGAUGCUGUGCUGGGACGCUUACGUGCGCGAUACAAUCCGGCAUCCAGGCGCCCACACAGCAACCCAAACUUUUGUUCACGUCACAGCGGCCCACCUUGUCCGAGUCACCACUUGUAUUUACUGCAGUAUUCGCUGCCACAUCCCAUAUUUCCCACAAUCCAAAUUUCCUCCUCUAUUACUGCUAGUCUGAUCUUGCAACGCCAUUCGUCUAGAUUACUCAAAACUGAGAGACACACGACUCGCAUUCACUAGCCGUCUCACUUCACAGCAUUCUUCCCACUUCGCUCGGCCGCACAAGCCCCGCAGAUUCAAGCCCGGCUCGUUUGAUCAUACGCAACCUCCUGGGCGUACAAGCAACACCACAACCGCAAUCAUGGCGCCCGCGAAAGUCGCCUCUUGGGACGACGAUGACUCUGACAGCAGCAGCACGUCUGGCUCCUCCCCGCCACUGAUCGCAAGACGCAGCAAAUUUGACGACGAGGAGGAUUCCAAUGACGUACUAGAUUCCUGGGAUGCCGCUGAAGACAGUGAAGUCGAGCGGGAGAAGGCCAAGAAGGCUGCAGAGGCCAAAGCCAAGGCCGAAGCAGAGGCCAAGGCAAAUCACAAAACCAAGAAGCAACGAAUGGAGGAGAAGAUUGAGCAGAAGCGACUGGCACGAUUGGAAGGUGCACUUGACGAAAGCGAUUCAGAGGAGGACGAGGCUACGCGACGUGCUCGCCUACGCGCGACCGAGAAGGAGGCCGAUCUGCGAAACGCCGAAGAUCUCUUUGCAGGAGUUGGUGGUGUCCCUGAGAGCCGGGCUACUGCUGUCAAGGCUGUCACGGUUCAGGCGGGCGACGACCCAGCUGACGCGAUCGAUCUCACGAAGCUUAAGAUCUUCCAGCCGGUCGGUGUUGCUGGAUUCAAGAAGAUGCGGGACACUGUCACACCUCUACUUGCGGCGCAUGCAAAGAAGCCGCAAUAUGAAUCGUUCAUGAAAGAGUUCGUCAAGGACCUUUCAAAGGAGAUGAACAGCGAGCAAAUCAAGAAGAUUGCCAGCGCUCUCACAGCGCUCAGCAAUGAGAAACUACGAGAAGAGAAGGCCGCUGAGAAGGGAGGCAAGAAGACCAAGGCGGCAAAGACAAAGACGACUUUGACGGCGUCGCGUGACAUUGCGAGCAGGGCCGAUACAACGCUUUAUGACGACGACGGCCUUGACGAUGGCGACUUCAUGUGAUUCACCGCGACCUUUCAACCAUUAUACCAUUUUGUGGGAGUCCUUCUCCUUUGCGUGCCUUUUCCUUGCGAGGCACUGCAAAUUUCUUCCUUCUUUCUGCGUCACAAGACUUCUCGCUUUGUUUCUCUUUUUGGAUGGGAAGCAUGCCGUGUCCGCACGCCGUGCGUGUGAGAGCACCGGGAACGCAGCAAUGCGAGCUGGCAUAGCACCGAAUCAGGUUUCCGCUUUUGUCUAAAUUCUCUCGCAUCAAAAGAGUCCGGUAUUUUCACUGCUCAUGCACUCAUGUGAUCGCUCGGAAUGUUACUUCCAUUUACGUGUUGACCCGAACUGACGACUUGUUGAUAUCCCUGCACGAAGAAGAAGCAUAUUUACCAAGUAGGGGCAUAUCCCGUUCAAACGAGACAAACAGUGGAGAGGACCGAAGGACUACGACCAGCCUGCCCACCUGAAUUUGUAGAUAGAUUUCGUUAUCAUGCAUUGAUCUCUCAU